GCCCCCUUUUCCACUCGCGCUGGUAACUUUGAUUCGGCCGCGUUGGUACCGGAUUCUUACCUGUUUUCUACGUCAUGCCGUUGGUAUUCGGUGGCUCUUUGAUGGUACGCAAAGAGUACCAUAACAGUUAAUUCGGGCUUCUUCAGGUCCCCAGUGUAAUCGGCUAAAAGUGACUAGAGAAGUGCUGCUAAUUUUUCGUCACUCUUAAUGGUUGCUAGUGUCGCGCUAUAAGGGAUUUCGAGUUUCAGCUUCUUUGAGUGGUUGCUGAUGAAUUAGGGCAUAUUAUGGGCAAAAUUUGAAUUCGGAUUUUACGGACAGCGCUUUGGGAUCGACCGAUAAAAGCCCAUUGCCGUAUGGCAAUUUUCAGUUGCGAGACACAACCGUGCAGUCCAUUUUAUCCCAUCCCAGAUAUGGACCGAAGUCGACUUUGGGUUCGAACAUGUACACUUAUCUGAAAUUCGGCCUGCCCAGAGUGUUUCCCCCUAACCACAAUGGCUCCACGCGAUCGGGCAGGAACACUCCGCAACAUUUCACCAGAAAUGCCUCCACAAGACCGAAAAUGAGGAGCCAGAAAAUGAGCAGUCGAGGCCCUCGUGAAGGUUCCUCAGGGUACGACAGCAGCGACAACGAAACCAAUAAUCAAUACAAACACAACAGGAAGUACCGAUCGGACCCGGACUUCCGCAUGCAGAACGCCCAUCCUUCCUACCAUCAGCAGGAGCAUCAUCAUCCUCUACCGUUGGCGGCGAUGCAACAGGGAGGAAUUCGACCCAACAGCAGCCAUCAACAGCAGCAAUGGAACCGCCAUAAAAGCAUCUCAGAAGCGAACCUGUUGGCGAUGGAGUACAACCGGGCGUACCAUGCGGGGUCUCCCCAACAUUUGAGGGACCCUCGAAGGGCCAGCGUGGCCGAGUUUGGCCACCAUGGGCCCCACAUGCACCAUGAUGUUGUGGAUCACAGCGUCUUGAGCCACUUGAGCAAGCCGAUGUCCAAGGCGGAGAGCCAGUUUUCCAUACCGGCGUCCAGAAAGGGACCGUCGGUCAUCCGGUCUGACUACACGGCGCAAGAGGAGGAAAUCGCCCCGGCCUUCAUCUACCCACACUUGCAGGCCAACCAGGUCAGCCUCUGGCCGCCAGCGGCUUCAUGUUUCGGCUCGAGAAAUCAUCUCCUCUUAAGCGAGGCUUCGUUUGAGGCUCGGGGAGGCGAUCUGCUCGCCAUCAUGGCCACUUCCGAGCUGGAGGGCACGGCGGUGCUGGACUUGGUGGCUGGCCGGAGAUGUUGUGUUCAAGGCGAAAUUCUGCUCAAUGGGCAACGAGUGCGGGCGGAUGCUUUGAGGGCCAGAGUGGCAUACGCCCAAAGCGAUCCCAACUUGUGCCUGGACAUGACGGCUCUGCAAAUCAUGAGGUUUCACUACGACCUGAGGAAGCCCACUGAUAAGUUGGGGUAUCUCAAAAUCGACGCUUCCGAUCGGAUAAAUCUCCUUAUAGAAGAAUUGGGCCUGGAGCAGGUGAGGAACACCAAGGUGUCCUCGAUGACCAUCUCGGAGCGGCGAAGACUCAACGUGGCCUGCCAUUUGCUGCAAGACACCGAUAUAGUGGUGCUGGACCAGCCCACUAGAGGGAUGGAUAUAUUCGACACGUUCUUCCUCAUUGAGUAUCUGCGGCAGUGGGCGAAUGGAGGAGCUGGCGGCAGCUCGUUGGGCAGAAUAGUGAUCCUGACGCUUCAUCCACCCACAUAUGAAAUCUUCAUGAUGUUGUCUCGCAUACUCCUGCUGUCUGCAGGUCGAGUGAUGUUCAGCGGACGAAGAAGGGACAUGUUGCCAUAUUUCGCUCUAGUAGACUAUCCGUGUCCGAAUUUCAAGAAUCCGUCCGACUAUUACUUGGACUUGGUGACGUUGGACGAUUUAUCAGCUGAGGCCAUGCUCGAAUCCUCUCAGCGCAUUGAGCAAUUGGGCGAAGUCUUCAGGCAAAAACAGCCGCCACUCAGCGAUCCUGGGCCGCCCUCAGCCUUGCCGAUGCCUGUUAGACGAUCCAACUGUCUGGUGCAAUCUUUGGCCCUCUUCACGAAAGCGAUGGUGUACACUCAACCUGGCACUUUCAUCAAGUGGUUGACUUUGGUGAUGAUGUCCGCUUCAUUGUCUUUGAUAUUGGGCGCGAUCUUUUGGGACGUCCCCAACACGGACCCGCAGCUCAUUCUAAAUGACCGAUUAGGUUAUCAUUACGCCGUUAUGUGUGUGGCGCCGUGGCCUUUGCUGCUGUACUUGACGCUCAGCGAGGUGAAAAACAACCGGAAGACCGUUGAGAGGGACAUUCGGGACGGGUUGUAUGGCCGAUUGACUUACAUACUCACAAAGACUGCAAUUAAUUUAUUUCCUUCGCUAUUUAUUUGGCUGAUCUACGUGAUCCCCAGCUACUCAAUGUGUGGCCUGUACAUGCAGCAUUUGAACAACUACGACGGGUUUUACGUCUACAUCGGCGUGAUGCUGAUGUUGCUAAGCUGCCUCCAGGCGGCUCAGUUGGCCCUGGUUUACCUCCUGCCGUUCUCCAACACAGCCUCCACGCUGGCCAGCCUCAUUUCCACGGUGCUUUUCCUGGCCGGCGGGUAUGUGUUGCAUUAUAGGGACAUGCCAUUCUAUGUGGGGUGGCUCAGACGUCUGAGCCCAAUGUCCUGGCUGAUGCCCUACGUGCUGAACCGCGAGCUCAGCGCUGAAGCGAUAGAAAGCAGCGCAGUUGCGCCCCUUUGCAGGAAUAAACAGGUGCAGCAUCAGGACAUAAUAGUCCAGCUGCCUUGUCCAUCGCCGAACGGAACCCAAGUGCUGUUUAACUACGGAUAUUUGCCAUCGCAGAACCAAGUUUUCGACUAUGGCAGCGCGCCGCUGGCGCUGCUGGUUUUCUAUUUGAUCUGCAUUGUGAUUGCUUGUCUGGGGUUUUUGUGCAACUGCGGAAGGAGCAGGCAGAAAAGGGCCAAUUACGGCGACUCUAACAAACCAUGAGGAUCAUUAAAAAUGACCUGAAAACCUUAUGUACAUAAGACUAAUUGCUACCCAUGUAAUGAUUAGGAUAAGCUCUAGAUAAACAUCCGGAGGACGUUGUUCUUGCGCAAGUAACAUUUAAACAGUUAAUAGAAACGUUUGUACAGA